AUGAAUAUUAUAAAAAAGGCUUAUAAUGGACGUUUUUUUAUUUCUACAAAGUUCUUUAAAAAAGAUAUUUGGAAGAUUUCUAAAAAUACAUCAAGGCUAACGCCAUUUAUGUUUUCUACAGUAUCAAGUAUGCAUCAUGAUAGAAAGGAUACAAUUUCUCAUUUGAGUCUUUUUAAAAAAAUUGUUUUAUUGAUAGCUCCGGCAAUGGGGUGGUACUCGCCUCGUAGUAUAAGUAUUCGUAAAGCGAGGGAACUUUAUAUACACUGUGCUGAACAGGGUAUUCAGGGUUCUAAUUGUAAUGAUUGGUAUUCAAGACAUUUGCUUUCACCUUCUUUCCAGACAUGGUUUCAUAUUACUAUGUUGCAUGUUUGGAUGUUGAUGGUGCGUAUACGUGCGUUGCCUAAAAAAGUUACAAAAAUGUAUCAACAAGAGCUUGUUAACCAUUUUUUUGAAGAUUGUGAAUAUAGGAUGAGGAAUGAUUAUAGAAUACGAAGUGAGCGAAUUAUUUCUUUUUAUAUGAAGGAUUUGUUGAUGCAGUUUCAUGGUUCUGUAUUUGCAUAUGAUGAAGGUUUUUACAAAAAUGAUUAUGUACUUGCAUUAGCAUUAUGGAGAAAUUUGUAUGCUGGAAAAACAAAUAUAAAUAUUUCGCUUCUUGCUGCGUCUGUUUUAUAUGUACGUAAUACAUUAUUUGAACUUGACAAUAUAUCGGAUGAUGAUAUCCAAGAUGCAAAAAUGAGUUUUUUAAAAAUUUCCGAUAUUUUUGAAUUGAAGGACUUAUAA